CAACACGGGCUUCAAACUUUUCCACAACCAUCCUCCGGUUUGCUUGUUGUCCAGAAAAGCUGAAAAGACUCACGCAGCCCAGCCAGGAGACACCAAAUUGUUGUGGAAAUUAGACAACACUCGCAGACUCGUCCUCUGAAGAGAUGGCCUCCAAUUCAUCCAUUAUCCCACUGCUUCUUCCAGAAGAUGAGCUAUUGUGUGCUAUCUGCCAGACGCUCCUGAAGAAUCCUGUGACUAUACCAUGUGGGCACAACUUUUGUAUGACCUGCAUCAGCAAACACUGGAAAUUAGCCUUUGCAUCCAUUUACUGCCCCUACUGCCGCAUAAAGUUCCCCUCAAAGCCGGUCCUAAAGACCAACACAGUUCUCUGUGCAAUCAUGGAGCAUGUUGGGAAGGUGUUUCCAACGUCUGAGAUUGUCUUGGUUCCAGAUGAAAAACCUAUCUGUAACAUCUGUGAGGAGGGAAGGGAGCUAUCAGCAGUCAAGACCUGUGUGACAUGCCUGGCUAGCUUUUGCAGUGUGCACUCCACAUCCCAUAUGAAUAGCCAAGCGCUAGCCAAACACUGCCUGUGCACACCGGUUUCAGACAUCAAGGAUCUGCUGUGUAAGAAGCACAGCAAAGUGCUUGAGGUGUUCUGCAUGAACCAUGGGGCUGCCAUCUGUUGGCAGUGUACAGAAAAGCACCGCAAGUGCAACAUGUGCUCAGUGGAAGGAAUGAGGACAGACUGGAAGGCUGCACUCGAGCCAGUGGCAACAGAAGCUCAGGACAGAAAGAAGGCCACUAGUGAACUCUUGGAAGCUCUGAAUACUAUUUCAGAGGGUAUAAAGAAUACUGCAGUAAAGAUGACUGAAGAUAUGCAGCUCUGCUUUGAAGCACUGAUGAACACCAUUAACCAUGCCCAGGACAGAGCCAUAUCCUUUAUAGAAGCAGAGAAGAUGGAGGCUCUCCAAAAAACAGAAAAGCAGAAGGAACGGUUGGAUGAUCAUUUGCUUUCCAUAUCACUGCUCAUGGAUAAGAUUGAUGAGUGCAUAAACAAUGAUUCGUACUUCAACUUUCUUCUGCCUCUACCACUACUGCCUGCAGAGGUUGGUCAACUGCAGGAUGUUCAACUGGAUGGUCAAGCUGUGGAGAGGAUGAUAUUAGAUAUUCAACAACUUAACAGUAGUCUGGAAUCUCAGCUCAGCACCAUGCUGCAGAGAAGAGAGGAAAUACGAGAGAAAGAUAUGACAUCAGAUGACUUCAGAGUUGUCAGCGGCCGCAGCAAAAAACGCAGCAACCUUUUGAAAUAUUCCAGCGGAGUGACCUUUGAUCCAGUUACUGCUAGUGCAUCUGUGAUUCUCUCUGAGGAUGACCUGGCUGUCACAGUGGACCACAAUGGGUUACUUACCUGGAAAGACUACCAAGUCAACAAGGAGAUAGGCUUCAGGGUCCUGUGCUCUCAAGAGUUUAGCAGUGGGCAGCACUACUGGGAGGUUCAGACGCCGGAGGACGAAGACAGCAACUGGGCGGUGGGUGUGACGUACAAAAACAGUCACAACCAUUACCAGAGCUUGGGCCAAGACAGCAGCUCCUGGUGUGUCAGGUGGCAGAACAAAGUGGAAGACAAGGAUAAUGACAAGUUGGCUAACAAUAUGGAAGGAACAAAUGAUGGUGAAGUAAUAUUACCAAACUCACUGGCUAAGGAAGGUGCCAUAAAAUUCAAGGUGCCCAAUCUGGAAUCAAAGAAAAAUAAAUUGGAAGCAUACCUGAAAGAUGAUAAGAGCCAUGAAGGUCUUCCACAGGACAAGAACAAAAGAGAAAGAAACCAAGCUCUGUUGGAAGAUGUAGCAGAAGGAGAGGAAAAAGUGUCUGAUUUAACAGAGGAGAACAAAUGCACUUUAACAACUAUGCAGGAGGACAAAAAUAUCCCAAAACAGUCAGGCACUGGAUUCUUUGCCUCCCAUCAGCAGGAGAUGAACCUGAUCUCGCAGAUUCCCCCUAGGAAGAUUGGUGUGUUGUUGGACUUUGACAGAGGGUGGCUGUCGUUUUUCUUGGUGUCCAACUCUAAAGUCAAGCUCUGCUACAGGUUUCAGGCCCUGUUUUCUGCUCCCCUCUGCCCCAGCAUAUGGCUAAGAGAUCCAGACAGCACAAUGAUUAUUAGCAAAUGACUCGAAACAACAAUGCAGUAGUGCCAGCUGCAAGGAAUGUAUAUUUCUAAUGUUUUAUUGUUUCUAUAGUAACAGUUUACUCAAUCACAUGUGUGGUGUCUGUUCCAUGUCAACAGAUUUUUAAAAAAUUAAUAAACUUGUGUAAUUGUUGAUACA